AAUGGUUGUACUUUUCUGAUGGUUAGUUUCUCCGUGGAGUAGCUGUAGGUUGUGUGUAACUGUACCCUGGUGUUGCCAGGUGAUUCAGUUCAUCUACGUCUGCCGCAGAGGAAACCUACCACUCACCCGACUCCGGACUCAUUACUGUCGCAGCUUUCUCGACGAUUUUCUUAAACUUAAUUUCGGGGAUUUUUUCGAUUUUCGAGAUAUGGGCGAAGAGUAAAAAGAAAGGAUAGUUAAGUGAAUAGAGAUACUAAAAAAAAGAAUAAAAAUUGUGAUCAAAAACUCGGUUGAGAAAAAAAAUCAAUUAACGCGAAAAAAAGUGAAAAUGUGAAUUGAAAAAUGUAAUCCUUCCAAGUGAGAAAUAACACAUUUUGUUAAUGUUGAAGAGUAUAAGUGUUAUGUUAGUGCCUGUAUAACUGUAUAUUUACUGCUUGCUAGUGCUUGGCAAGUGAAAGUUGGAUAGCUGCCUGUGUCCUGUACCCCCCCCCCUCCACACACCCCUCCCCGCUAUACAAAACAUACCUUCACACCGUUUAAGUCUCCCAGUACUACGGGAGUAGGAAUCAGCAUGAUUCGGCGGCCAUGACGAAAAAUUUGUAGAAAAAAGUUCUGAAGACGAUUAAAGAUCUAAAUUAGGGCUGCUAGUGUUGGGUUGAGAAUGGUGAACCCAUUGAUGGGAGCAAAGAUGGAACCUCUCGGAUCAGUCGACAGCAGCUCCCCACCGGGCUACGUCAAGCUGGAGCUGGACCAGGAGAAGGAGGACGAGGACAAGGUCGAGGUCAAGAUUGAGAUGCUCGGUGACCUCUUCGGGGACAGCUUCGGGUGCAGCGUGAGCAGUAUGCUGGGGGAGGGGAAGGAUCACGAACUCCUUCUCAGCUCCGAUCCACUCAACUUCGGUCCUCCGUCCAUUUACUCCGGGUCCUCCGGUGAACUAGACUCCAACACUACCCUCACAACCAUCAAGGUUCCCCUGCACACGGAGAUGGGGGACGGAAACUACCCCCCUGUUCUGAGUAUACCCGGAUCCUUCUCUAGUUUAUCUCCGUCACAUGGUCUUCAUAUCUCCAUAUCUCCUAUCUCCCAAGGUGCUGAUACCACCUCUCUUGUAUCUCCGGAAACGCCGCGCUCCACAUCGUCUUCCAGCUCGUCACAGAAAAAGACUGUUUUUACCGCCAAAGCUCAGAUUGAGGCAAUCCCGUGCAAAGUGUGUAGUGAUAAGUCAAGUGGAGUUCAUUAUGGAGUUAUCACAUGCGAAGGAUGCAAGGGAUUUUUUCGUCGGUCCCAGAGUACAGUUACCAAUUACCAAUGCCCCAGGCAGAAGAAUUGUGUAGUCGACAGGGUUAAUAGGAACAGAUGUCAGUUCUGCAGAUUACAGAAAUGUUUGGCACUAGGGAUGUCGAGAGAUGCCGUGAAGUUUGGGCGGAUGUCUAAGAAGCAAAGGGAGAAAGUUGAAGAAGAAGUAAGCUUCCAUCAGGCCAAUUCCAGGCGAGCUCCAGGAAACAGUCCUGAUUCCUCUCUUGUUGAACCUCCAUCUUCUACGGAGCCUCUCUAUCCCAGUUCUCAGUUCCAGUACACCGACUUUAACUACAGCCCCCACUACACCCACCAACAGCAGCAGCAGCAACAACAACAACAGCAGCAACAGCAACAACAACAGACCAGCUUCCAGACCAACAGUUUUGACGAGUUCGUUGAUUCAACAACAAACUUUAACGAUUCAGAUUUAACGAUGCAUACAGGUUUAAAAAUUCCGUCUGGAUCAAGGUUGGGUUCUCCUCCAGGUCUUGGCGGUGGUUCAGAUCUAGGUAGUGGAUUAAACACUGGAGGUGGAGGGUUAGGUUCUGGAGGACCAAGUACUCCUACUCCUCUAGGAGUAGAACGUAUAACUAUAAAGCAGGAGUGUACUGGAUCUCUAGGAGUGGAAGGAGUGGAAGGAGUGGAAGGUGUUGAAGGAGUGGAUGGAGUGGAAGGAGUAGAUCCUGGUGGCUAUGUUGACUCUACUACAGUAGCAGCACCUCUUCAACAUACAGAGCUAGAUAAACAACUUGAACACCUUAAACACGACCCCGACCAGUUCCGAUACUUCCUGUCUGAAUGUAUUUUGAACGCACACCAGCUGACCUGCCUGCUUAGCACACAUCAAAUACAGGAGUUACUCAACCAACCCGUAAACACAGAGAUUCUGCAGCAGUUUAAAACCAAGAGCCGGGAGGAGUUGUGGAUGUUGUGUGCCCAGCGGCUGACGAACCUGAUCCAGCAGAUUAUUGAGUUCGGAAAGAUGUUGCCCGGGUUCCAGAGGUUGGAGCAGGAGGAUCAGAUUGCUCUUGUCAAGACAGGGGCAUUUGAAGUUGCAAUACUACGAAUGGUUCGAUACUAUAGUGUGGAGAGGAAGGUCGUCUUGUUCUUCGACACUGUACUGCCCAUGGAGGCGUUCAUGAAUACAGGCAACUCAAUGGAGAUGAAGUUUGUCAGUCAGGUGUUUGAAUUUGUGAGAAGUAUAGCGGAAAUGGAAUUGUCAGAAAUGGCCCUGUCUCUCUACUCGGCCUUUAUUCUAUUGCAGCCUGAUCGAGCUGGAGUAGUGGAACGAGGAGAUGUUGAUACUGUCUCCCAUACUAUCCUUGAAGCCCUGGAGUUCGAGCUACAGAAUACAUCCCUUAACAUUAUUACAGGAGAAUCCAAUCUUCUUCAUCAGUUGGUUAAUAAGAGACAAAAAUUGAGAGAGCUUGGCGAGGCCCAUCAUCUAGUUCUGGGACAUCUGAAGAGAACCAGUAGAUACAAACUUGUCUUUCCUCCCCUUCAUGCUGAACUUUACCAACAUCCACCACCACAACAUCAACCACAACAGCUACUUCAGCAGCAGCAGCAACAACUGCACCAGCAGCAACAACAGUUACAACAACAACAGUACUAGAAAAACUGUUUUCUUGGUGCUGAUAGCUGUACUUGCAUUCACUGCCAGAUUUAUACCUACACUGUGCACUGCACAGCGCUCUGCUGUACCCAUACGGUUCUUCAAAACGUACCCUACAGGGAUGUGUGCUGUACCUGCACAACCCCGUACCCUACAGUGAUAUACCGUACAGCAAAUGUGACCGUACACUGUACAGCAGAUUCAGUACUUAAUAAAACUAUUUUUACAUAGUUUAGUCAUUUACAGAUAUUUCACAUAGUUCCUACUCUCAUUCAAACUCGGAGCAGAGAUAACCUCUGCUUACACUCCUAUUUGGAGAAAAGUUCAUCUCCCAGCUUACACCCCCACCCGGAGUAAAGCUUCUGACCCGGAGAUAUCCAUCUCUCUCUUUUUCAAUCUCGAAAAUUAUGAAAGAAAAAUUAGGAUUCAAAGAGGCAGUCUGAACAAUGACCUGGCUAGCUGCCUAAACUGCCUGAAUCCAACUGCAUGGCUCAACUAUAGAGUGACCCCUGAAGCACACGUAUACCCAAACUGCCUGCCAGAUGAAUAUUUGUUAUAAAAAACUAAUCUUAGUGUGAUUGAAGAAUUAAAAUUUAAUGAAACCAGGAUUUCAACUUAAAGUUGAAUCCUGGUAAAUAUUACAAGGACUAGGUAUAUUUAUAUAUUCAUUAUGAUAUAUAAAUAGUAUAUAGACUGCUCUCUUUGUGCCUUUAAAGCUGACGUUAUAUUUCAAGCAACAAGCAUAAACAUGUCGCUAAGCUUUAUUAGAGCAGGAUCUAUUUAGGAAUUGGAAAAAUGUGAUUCCUUUCAAAAAAGAGACUGAAGUCAAUUUUAUAUUUGUAAGACUUUAUUUUUCAAUGUGAAACCCAGCCCCUUGAAUUGGAGCGGGGGGGGGGGAGAAUGGUGUAUUUAUACAAUGUAUAUGCUUGUUAUAUAAAGGUUUGCAAAGUACCUCAUAGAAUCUAUAAUUGAUUAUUCAGUCGAUUAAUUACAUGAUUAAUUAAUUAAUAUAAAGCUAUAUCUGUUGUUACUGGAAUUUAUGUAUAUUCUGCACAUUUGGUGAAUUUAAACUUUUUUGACAUUUUGAGACCCAACACACUUUUUUAGUUUUGUUCCAUUCUCAUAUUCAUAAUUUCAUUCAAACGAUUACUCAUCCAUUCUUUUAAGAUAUGGUUACACGGGGGCAUUGACCCCUAACCCCCCCCCCUUCCCAAUCUGCAAGAGAAUACAGUAUUUAUUUAUUAAACCAUGGUGCUACACAGAUACAUACUAAUUCACAUCCCCCCCCCCCCUCCCAGCAUCAUGUCAAAAAUGUUUUUAUUUCGCUUGAGAUUAUUUCAACUUCCUUAAUCCAGGUGUGUCAAAAAUGUAUGGUGCAGGGUGUCUCAAAAUGUAUGCAACCUCUGUCAACUUUUCAUUGCACACUCUUGGUAUUCACAUUUAUUCUGAAACACCCUGCAGAAAUUUGCUGAUAUGUAUAAAGCAAACCCAUGCAUUUUAACGCUACAAUCAAAAUGAGAAUUUCAACAUUUUUGAAAUCUUUCCUCAAUGUUUUCUCAAUUUCAUUGUUUACUGGUAUGAAUAAAUACAGCCAUAUAGA